GAGUAUAUAGAGGAACACAGGGGUCUGUACAAGGACGUGAUGAUGGAGAAUCACCGGCCCCUCACAUCACUGGAUGGACCCAGUAACAGAGAUACCCCAGAGAGAUGUCCCCGUCCUCUGUAUUCCCAGUAUUGUACAGAGGAGACUCACAGGACCCCACAGGAGGAUCAGGUAGAAGAUCUGUCAGAUAUAAAGGCAGAAGAUAUAGAGGGAGAAGAAGAGGCGUAUGUGACUGAUAUAAAGGCAGAAGAUAUAGAGGAAGAAGAGACGUAUGUGACUGAUAUAAAGGCAGAAGAUAUAGAGGGAGAAGAAGAGACGUAUGUGACUGAUAUGAAGGCAGAAGAUAAAGAGGGAGAAGAAGAGACGUAUGUGAGGGGUGAUCAGCAAUGUAAGGAGGAGGAAAUCCCUACAGAUAUCACAGAUGGACACACAAGCAGGAACAUCUCAGAAGGACAUCUAAUGUUAUCCCCGGAUUGUAACAUAAAAGAUAAUGACAGUAGACCGGAUUCUCCAGGAGAUAACCCCAUUACCCCAAUUAUACAUCCAGCUCUAUCAGCUGAUCCCUCUGAUCCUGGGGAAUGUUCUCCUGAUCACUCUGAUAUUGGUGCAUCUGUUACAGCUCUGACAGUAGAUACAGUGUUUCCCUGUUCUGUAGAUGCCAAAUGUUUUCCACAGAACACAAAGGCUCUUAACUCACAGACAGGUAAGGCAGGUGAGAGUCCAUUUCUAUGUUCCGAGUGUGGGAAAUGUUUUACAUACAAAUCAGCUCUUGUUAUACAUCAGCGAAGUCACACAGGUGAGAGGCCAUUUCCAUGUUCUGAGUGUGGGAAAUGUUUUGCACAUAAAUCAGAUCUUGUUACACAUCGGAGAAGUCACUCAGGUGAGAAACCAUUUCCAUGUUCUGAGUGUGGGAAAUGUUUUACACUGAAAUCACAUCUUGUUAAACAUCAGAGAUGUCACACAGGUGAGAAACCAUUUCCAUGUUCUGAGUGUGCAAAAUGUUUUGCACAUAAAUCAGAUCUUGUUACACAUCGGAGAAGUCACACAGGUGAAAAACCAUUUUCAUGUUCUGAGUGUGCGAAAUGUUAUGCACAUAAAUCAGAUCUUGUUGCACAUCGGAGAAGUCACACAGGUGAGAAACCAUUUUCAUGUUCUGAUUGUGGGAAAUGUUUUACACAGCAAUCAAAUCUGAUUACACAUCAGAGAAGUCACACAGGUGAGAAACCAUUUCCAUGUUCUGAGUGUGGGAAAUGUUUUACACUGAAAUCAAAUCUUGUUACACAUCAGAAAAGUCACACAAGUGAGAAACCAUUUUCAUGUUCUGAAUGUGGGAAAUGUUUUACACUGAAAUCAGAACAUGUUACACAUCAGAGAAGUCACACAGGUGAGAAACUAUUUCCAUGUUCUGAGUGUGGGAAAUGUUUUGCACAUAAAUCAAAACUUGUUACACAUCAGAGAAGUCACACAGGUGAGAAACCAUUUUCAUGUUCUGAGUGUCGGAAAUGUUUUACACAGCAAUCAAAUCUGAUAACACAUCAGAGAAGUCACACAGGUGAGAAACCAUUUCCAUGUUCUGAGUGUGGAAAAUGUUUUACACUGAAAUCAAAUCUUGUUACUCAUCAGAGAAGUCACAGGUGAGAGGUCAUAUCCAUGCUCUGAGUUUGAGAAGUAAAUCAGCUCUGUUUCACACAAUAGACAUCACACAGGUGAGGAUCCUUUUUAUUCUCAUCACCUUUGCCAUGCAAUUUUCCUCAAGGUUCUUAUCCUAUGUCCUAUGCUUUUUGCUGCCACUGGGUGAAACAAUAAGACGUCAUGCUCUUGUCUACCACUGCUGUGCAGAUGACCUGUCUUUUUCUCUGUGUACUCGGAAACCCAAUACUAAUCCUAAGUGUCUGUCUAGCUGAGCUCCAGGUGUGGGUGAUGGUAGUUGUCUGUGGGGCAGAUGUAUUAAGCCUGGAGAAGUGAUAAA